UUACAAAUUCAUGUUCAGGGAUCACUGUGCUCAGCGAAAUUGGCAGCAGGUCAGAUUGCUAUAGGAGGUAAAGAAUCCCCUUUGCGUGUAUGGGACAUCAAUAAUCCAAAGGAAGCAGUUUUCACAUCCAAAAACGUCCGCCCAACAGUUCUAGAACUCCCAGUUUCAGUGUGGAUUUCAGACAUCAGCUUUGUCCCAAGAACAAAUGAAAAGCUUGUGUUAACGGCGUCAAGACAUGGUGAG